CAGUGGUGCUUCCUUCCUGCUCGAGUGACUGAACGGCAGCAUCAUCUGUGCCACAGCAGAGAAGACCUCAUCCAAGCGCGAUACUAGGAAGAAUCCUACAUGGCUGUUGAUCUAUUGCACUGCUAGCCUGCUCGAUGCGGUGUCUCACCCGGAGUCUGCACGUGCCCCAAGUCCACAGUAUUUCCACCGUCCUCCUGGCAGGGGCCAUGGAUGCCUUCCACAUGGGUGACAUCUUCUGGGUUUUGGCGCUGAUCCCAGUGCUGAUCGUUCUACUCGCACUUUGUACCGACUGCCGGGAUCCUGAAUUAGACACACCACCUGUUGAUGAUUACCAAUACAAGCCCUCAACCAAUGCCCACACCAAGACCUUCAGGGUGCUGAGACGUCCUCCCUCACCCCCUUGGACUGCCAUCCAGUCCCAGCCGGACCCACGAAGGGGCCCUCCAUACACUCUUACCAAUCAAUCGGCAUCGUUCAUCAAAACCGAAGGGGAUAAUGAAAGUGUUCCCAGCUAUGAAAAUGAAGAGCAGGCCUGUACCAUGGACAAUGAAGAGAACGACAUCGACAAAUACAUUGAGGUGCUGCCUGACGUUCCACUGACAGAGCAGAGAAAGGAGGACCAUGCCUCCUCAGAUUCUAUAGUGGAGCAGUAUGAGAAUAUACCUGAGUCCCAGCGGCAUUCCCUUGGUGAAUAUGUCAACGUGCUAGAAGCAGAGGCUACUGUCUUAGAUCCCUGUUUUGUUAAUAUCAGUGAUCGAGAAAGUGAAGAUGACACUCCAGACUAUGAGAAUGUCCGCCCUGGCCUUUGAGGUUGCAAGGUUCAAGGCAGCAUUUCUUGGUGACUCCAAGUAUCCCUGUUCGGGAUGGAUCUCCGUGGAAUUUGUUCGCCUUCUCCCCCAGUCACCCCAAAUGUCACCAUAACUUAUUGUCCUCCUUUGCACCUUGACUGACGCAUCCUGAGAAUUCCCCAUGAUCUUCGGCACCUGAGAUUUAAAAGCACAACAGGCCAAGCGGCUUCCCGUUUCUCCCCACUUUCCCAAAGCAAUCUGGGUUGUUCGGCUAAAUUCUCUGAUUCAUUGUUUUUUGAGCUAAAUAAAGGACCAGGA